CCUCGGUCCCGGAGGGAGGCGGCGGAGCCGGGUCGGGGGCCUCGGCCGGGCUGGGGUGAGGCCUGUGCGGCGUCGCCCCCCGGCGGCUUGGGUCGGGCUGGGGCCUGGCCCAGAGCAUGUUCCAGAUCCCAGAGUUUGAGCCCAGUGAGCAGGAAGACUCCAGCUCUGCCGAGAGGGGCCUGGGCCCCAGCCCCACAGGGGACCAGCCCCCAGGCCCCCGGGGGGACGCCAGUCACCAGCAGCGGCAGCUGAGCCGCAGCAGCCACCAUGGAGGCGCCGGAGCCAUGGAAACCCGGAGCCGCCACAGCUCGUACCCCGCGGACGCGGACGACAGUGAAGGGGCCGAGGAGGAGCCCAGCCCCUUUCGGGGCCGCUCGCGCUCGGCGCCCCCCAACCUCUGGGCUGCACAGCGCUACGGCCGCGAGCUCCGAAGGAUGAGCGACGAGUUCGAGGGCUCCGUCAAGGGACUGCCUCGCCCGAAGAGCGCGGGCACAGCGAUGCAGAUGAGGGAAAGCUCCAGCUGGACGCGCGUCAUCCAGUCUUGGUGGGAUCGCAAUUUGGGGAAAGGAGGCUCCGCCCCUUCCCAGUGACCUUCGGCUCCACAGUCCCGAAACCCAGUCCGCGGCCGUCGCCGGCGGCGGCCAUUGCGGGUGUGGGCGGAAGUCUCCCGCGGUCUGGACGCCCGAGCCCCUUGCGGUGCGAGCCGCAGCCGUCGGAGUCGCGGCGUCUGCGGAAGUGGCCCUGCGGCCCCGCCCGGCGCAGGUGGCGAGCCGGGGCUAACGGCGGCUCCGCCGGACCUUCCCCGCGGGGCGGCGCUGCCGACGCGCGCGCCCCAGGGCGCCAAUAAAGCCAGCUCUGUGCCGCCGAG